AUGUGCGCUGACGUCAGCGUGAUGCCAGCGCUGACGUCACAAAACUCGGGCUUCAGCCCAGGCAGAAGUUGCCCUUGGGCUUGCUCGGGCUCGUGGGACCCACCACCAAACCGGGCUACGGGCCCUGCGCUGGAGCUGCCUCGGGCUCCCUCUGGCAGCCUUUCCCCCAGGCUGGUCCAUGCGCUGGAGGUGCUCUUAGUGGCUACAAUUGCGCACAACCCAUGUGAUCAGGCCGCCCUACCCAAUCCUUGUGUGAGUUUCAACUUUUUAACUUAUUGA